UUCAUCAAUAUUUAGAUUUUUUUUUUUUUGUUGGUGGGUUAGCCAGAUUUUUUUUUGUUUUUUGGUUUCAAAGAGGACACUACCCUGUUACAUGAAAAAAGAGAGAGAGAGUGACUUGGUUCGAACCCAAACUUUAAUGUCUUCUUUAAGGCUUCUUUGUCAUUAGGCGAAGAAGCGGAAGACGGGUUAGCCAGAUUUUUCCCUAUAAAUACUCUUCCUGUGAUCAGUUGUAUAGAAGCACAUCAGCUUUAGCAAAUAUGGCAUCAUCAGAUGCAGAAGACUUUAGCUUCUCUUUUCCAGUGGUUAGUGUUCAAGAGCUUGUCAAAAAGCCAAUAAUCACAAUCCCUCAACACUAUGUUCGUCUGGAUGAUCAACAACCUGAUCCUUCCCUCCCUAACGGUAGUCGUCCCAUGCCAAUGAUCACCCCAACCAUUGACAUGACUCGAUUGGUUUCCGGGGAGGAUGAUGAUGUUGAACUCGAGAAGUUGCACUCAACUUGCAAAGAGUGGGGUCUCUUUCAGUUGGUGAACCAUGGAGUUAGCUCUUCAAUACUGGACAGGCUGAAACAUGAGGUUGAAGAAUUUUUUAAGCUUCCACUGGAAGAGAAAAUGAAAUACAAGAUAAGGGAAGGUGAGUUUGAAGGGUAUGGAAAUACACCCAGAGAAGCAGGAAAGCUUGACUGGUCUGACAGGCUUUAUAUGAUAACAAACCCUAUUCAUAGACGAAAGCCUCAUCUCUUCCCAGAGCUCCCUUCAUCCUUAAGAAAUACCUUGGAGUCUUACUUCUUGGAACUGCAAAAGCUUGCCACGAAACUACUUUGUUCUAUGGCAAAAGCAUUGAAAAUUGAUACGAAGGAGAUGAUAGAAUUUUUUGACGAUGGGAUGCAAUCUGUGAGGAUGACAUACUAUCCUCCAUGUCCCAAACCAGAGCUGGUUAUGGGCAUUACUCCUCACUCUGAUGCAACUCUUCUCACCAUACUGCACCAAGUUAAUGGAGUUGAUGGCCUCCAGAUUAAGAAAGAUGGUGUUUGGUUUCCCGUGAGCUUCCUCCCAGAUGCCCUUGUGGUCAACGUCGGAGACGUUCUAGAGAUCUUUAGCAACGGCGUUUACCGUAGCAUUGAGCACAGGGCCACAACCAAUUCGGGGAAAGAAAGAAUGUCAGUUGCCUUUUUCCUCAACCCCAAAUUUGAGGCUGAGGUGGGACCUUCACCAAGCCUCAUAAAUCCGAAGAACCCACCAGUGUUUAAAAGGGUUGGGUUGGAGCAAUACGCCAAAGAUUUCUUUGUCCGUAAGCUCUAUGGAAAAACAUAUCUGCAGCAUAUGAGGAUUGAAAAUGGAGAACACAACUCUGCUUGAUAAAAACCACUCUUAUAUACAUAUAGGCUACUGUUAAUUCGUACGUGUGAUGUGGUGUGAAAUAAAUGCAGCAGCUGUGAUUGUAUAUAAUACACGAGGCUUGUUAGCCCAGCUACUGAUCGAUUCUCUGUCGGGCUUCGUUUGUUUGAUGUGUAAAAGUCCGAAGUAUAUGUAGCAUUUUACUGUAAUGAAUAAAAUGUGUAAAAAAAGUACAGUUAUUUGUGUGUAU